AAUUGAGUUGGGGAAUUUCUGUCGAUUUCUCUUCUGCCGCUCAGCUUGCCCUGUACUUGGUUUUAAGUAAAAGCGGCGGCAGAGAGGGCGUUUGCUAACUAGGCACGUGUCGGGAUCUUGCAAGGACGGGCUAAACUUUACAGUCCAGCCCCUAGACCCAUUUAUAUUUUGAGACAAGGUCUCACUGUGUAGCUCUGCUUGGCUUUCAGUUCACAAAGAACCUUCGGCCUCUGCUUCUGGCUUAAAAGAUCACAGUUAUUUGCCUAUUGGUGUGGACACACUCGUGUGUACGUGUGCGGAGAGGUUAGAGGCUGGGAUAAAUUCUCUGCACCACGUGGGCCUGGAGAGUCAGACUCUGGCUCUUGGUGUUGUUGACUGCCGAUUCUUACACCGGCUCGAGAAUCCUGGCGACCCCUGAUCGAAUUUUUCCUAGUUUGAAAUCUGUUUACCAAGAUCUUUAUCAGAUGUUUUGCAGGAUGAAAAUGAGUGGAAAGAAUUUGAGCAAAAGGAGGUUGAUUACAGCGGAUUAAGAGUUCAGGCAAUGCAAAUAAGUGAAAAGGAAGAUGAUGAUAAUGAAAAGAGAGAAGAUCCAGGAGAUAAUUGGGAAGAAGGUGGAGGUGGCAGUGGAGCAGAGAAAUCUUCAGGUCCCUGGAAUAAAACCGCUCCGGUACAAGCACCUCCUGCUCCAGUAACAGUUACAGAAACCCCGGAGCCAGCAAUGCCUAGUGGUGUAUAUAGGCCUCCUGGGGCAAGGCUAACCACAACAAGAAAAACGCCACAAGGACCACCAGAAAUAUACAGUGACACACAGUUCCCAUCCCUGCAGUCCACUGCCAAGCAUGUAGAGAGCCGGAACAGGUACUUAAAGUGAAUACUACCUGAAGUUAAAUGACCACAUAUGGCACAUCUACAUCGUAUUAGGGACAUGAAUUUUCAAAAGUAAAUAAAAUGGGAAGAAAUGUAAA